AUGACUCUGACUACCAAGAACCACAGGAUCCCCCUGAGUGAUGGAAAUUAUAUUCCUCUACUUGGAUUCGGCACGUAUGGAGACCCAAGAACGACAUCCAAAGGCACAACACGAGAGAGUGUCAAGCUGGCAAUAGAUGUGGGCUACAGGCACAUUGACGGGGCUUUGGUGUAUUUCAACGAGCAUGAAGUUGGUCAAGCUAUUAGAGAGAAAAUUGCUGAUGGAACUGUCAGAAGAGAGGACAUAUUCUACUGUGGAAAGUUGUGGAGUACUUUCCAUCCACCAGAGUUGGUGAGGCCAACCUUGGAGAAGACACUGAAGGCCCUGCAACUAGACUAUGUGGAUCUCUAUAUCAUUGAGCUUCCUAUGGCCUUCAAGCCUGGUGAGGACUUCUACCCUAAAGACAAGAACGGGAAGUACAUUUACCAUCAUACAGACCUCUGUGCAACAUGGGAGGCUUUAGAGGCUUGCAAAGAUGCAGGGCUUGUCAAGUCUCUAGGAGUCUCCAACUUCAACCGCAGGCAGCUGGAACUGCUGCUGAAUAAGCCAGGCCUCAAACACAGACCUGUUUCCAACCAGGUUGAAUGUCAUCCAUACUUCACACAGCCCAAGCUCCUGGACUUCUGUCGUAAGAAUGACAUCGUGAUCGUAGGUUACAGUCCAAUUGGCACCUCAAGAGACCCAUCCUGGGUGAAUUUAGAAUGCCCUCCACUGCUGGAGGAUGAGCUGCUUGUGUCCAUUGGGGAAAAGUACAACAAGAGCAGUGCACAGGUUGCCCUGCGUUUCAACGUUCAGAGAGGAGUGGCCGUCAUCCCCAAGAGCUUCAGCCCUCAGAGGAUCACACACAACUUCCAGAUAUUUGAUUUUUCACUCACUGAGGAUGAAAUGAAAGCCAUUGAAGCAUUGAACAAAAACAUCCGUUUUGUUGUGCUGCCAAUGUGGAGUGACCAUCCAGAGUAUCCAUUUCAUGAUGAAUAUUGAAGGUCUCUGUUUUUAUUUUCCCAUGGGAUGUGUAUCACUUCCUGAUUUUAACCUCUGAUGUUAAUGUCCACAACAUAUC